CCAGCGUCUUGAACCCAAAGUAAAGAGCAAACAUCUAUUACCACAUCUCUCACGGCGACACGUUCAUAGCCUCGGCGGAACUGAGAUCUGGCAUAUCUGCUUUAUGCUUUGCCGAUAGGAUAAGGUGUUUCGUCAGAGGCCUGCAUGCCUCAGUGCCUCCGAUGCAGCCUCAUGCAUUGGAGGCUGCGAGCCCCACCAUCAGCCGCUCCUUCGAAGUCGACCAAAUCCCUCGAGAAAUCGUUCCAGCCUCGCCAGCAUCGCUCACCGCAGCCAAGCCUAAAUCCUAACGACCAUGACCACGUUGACGAACGCAUUCGCAUAGUCGAAGAGAUUGGGCAUAGUCGCGGAGUGUUAUUGCGUUGAUACCACCGCACGUCCAACAGCCAUGGACGAUGCGGAUCCCAGAAAUUUCGGAAUCCCCUCAGCUCCUGAUCGAAUCCAGCGAAGGUUGUCAUCGAAAAUCACACCAGCUUUUCGAGUCCCGUCUCCUACAAUCCGGCGAAGGAGGUCCUCCGAAGGCUUACAUCCGCAUCCUUUCGCUCCCGGGCCGAAGCGACCAUUCAAGGUUCCUUCCGCAGAGCCACGAGUCCCGUCACCUCCUCCAUCAAGGCAAAGGGGUCGCGUUCCUCGCGUUUCCCGGGAGCAACGAGUCCCGUCACCUCCUACAGUCCGACAAAGGGUGUCCUUCGAAGGUUUAAGGCCUCACCAUGGCGGCUACGAGUUCCGAGUUCCAUUACCUCCUAUAAUCCGGUCCUCCCCAGGGUCGCCUGGCGGUCAUCGCUUUUCUGAUAAAAGAGUCCCAUCACCUCCUACAAUCCGACGAAGGGUGUCCUCCGAAUCGCCACCUCCCGCCCGUCGCACUUACGCGUUCCGAGUUCCGUCACCUCCGCUCAAUCGGCGCCCCGAAGGGCAGCGCAAAGACCCACGUAGUUUCAGCAACAACACCCUCCCAACGAUCCGCGGGGUUUCCGACUACCAACGGGUCCCAUUGAAUCCUCCUCAAAGUCCUUCCCCUCCCCUACACGACCCUCGCAGACGCUCCUUCGACGAUCGUGAUACGCGUCCUCGUACUCCGCAAUCGCUGUAUCCGACGGUUGAUACUGGAUAUUUGUCCCCUCCAGAUGGAGUUGACUACUCCUCGUCUGGAGGUGAUCGGCCACAGGGAUUGAAGCGUUGGAAGAGCGAAAGAACCCCGGGUCCUAGGGCCGCGACCCCUACGGCCUCUAUAACGCCGCCCAAUUCAACAUUUAGGUCAUCGCUUGCUUCAUCUCCUGGAGUGCUGGGCGACCAGGGAUAUCAGUACAGGGCUCUUCAAGACUUGGAAAUUAGACUGGUUAGGGUUUUCCCGGAAAGAAAAACCAUGAUCAAGUGUGAGAUAAUCCACGCUUCUCUUGAAAAGCCCCCUCGAUACGUGGCUAUUUCUUAUGCCUGGGGAGAUGCGGGAAACACACGGAAAAUUGAGCUGGAAGGUUCCCUUAUUCCCGUCGGCGUCAGCCUCUAUGGUGCUUUAGAGGCACUUCGUCAAAAGGUCGAGUCUGUACUAGUGUGGGUAGACGCUCUCUGUAUAGAUCAACAUAAUAGAGACGAACGUAGCCAGCAAGUCCGGCUAAUGACCGACAUAUACUCGACAGCCGAGUCGGUAGCCAUUUGGCUGGGCCCAGAAGCAGACGACAGCGCUUUGGCAAUAGACUUACUCCGCGCCGUGGCAGACCAAGCCGAUUCCCCAGAAAAGGUUUCCCGCUUAAUAUCCCGAGUUGGAAAACUGGACCUAGCCGCCGUAGUCUCACUGUUUGAGAGGGACUAUUGGAGAAGACUGUGGGUUGUUCAGGAAAUCUUUAAUGCCAGAUCUAUCACAGUACACUGCGGGUCCACCAAACUUCAGUGGGCGGUGUACCAACGCGCCUCUGAUGCUUUUAGUCGACACAGAGCUGACUUAGAUUAUUACUUCCCUGUAGGCCGAAGAGAUUCGAGACGCCACACAAUCUCGCCGAAUCAGUUCAGUUACUCGCAGGUUUUAGUCUACCAAGGGCCCGGCAGCCUUCCGGAUCUCGGAUUAUACAUGGGGCUCGGGGAAGGAUCCCUGCUCGAAGUAUUACGUGCCUGUCGAAGGAAACUUGCCUCAGAUGCAAAGGAUAAGCUAUAUGGGAUUAUUGGUGUUUUGCCAGAGGAGACGCGCAAGGAAUUUCGUGCUAACUAUAGCCUUUCGGUCAAGGAUGUAUAUACGGAAGUCGUCGACUAUCUCCUCAAGACGACCGAGCGCCUAGAUGUCAUCUGUGAUGCCAUUCAUUUCCCAGUUUAUACAGGCUCGGCCAAUCUACCCUCAUACGUUCCGGAUUGGUCACAUAUCCCUCAAACAGCAGCCAUGGGCCACAAAUAUAAUUUCUCAGCUGCAGGCACAACCAAGGCCAAUUGCAGAUUUCUCGAUGAACGUCUAAAUAAGCUUGAAAUUUCUGCGAUUUACCUCGAUACCAUCAGCAUUAACGGCAUUUCCGUAGGCACCCUCUGCACAUUAGCCGACUACCUCAUGGCAUUUCUGCACUGGAUGGCCUUGCUUCUGGCGAGUCUCGACAACAAAACAGAGGAAUACAGCCUCAAGGUACAGAAGGAUUUUUGCAGGACGAUAAGUCUAGACCAGGUACCUCAGGCAUGGGAUAGGUCCGACCAGUGGCUAACUAUCUGUUACCACGUAUUUGCUUCCUUGCUCCGCGAGCGACUGCCUCAUAUGCCGCUCAAUCAAAAAUUGCGAGACUACGUCGACAAGAUGGUGGAUAUCAGGCCUGAAGCUCGCAGGCAAUUUCUCCAGAAACACUUCGGCGAUAGGAUGAUGGGACGUUGCUUCUGUAUCACAGAGGAGAAGCGGAUCGGAAUGGGCUCUGGCUUCAUGUUGCCUGGUGAUAUCGUCGUCGUGCCUUUGGGCUGCUCCACUCCAGUUCUCCUUCGUCUAGAAGGAACUCGUGGUGAGUAUCGGUUUGUCGGCGAUGUAUAUAUUCAUGGGUAUAUGCGUGGGAAGGCGGUUGACCAGUGGAAGGAUGGGAAAAGAGAGGUGAGCAAAUAUGUGCUCCAUUGAAGAAGAUAGGAACAGUGUGGCUAGUUCAAUCCUGCUGCAGCUUCAGCCCGCCCACCAGAUGAAGUCAUUCUCCUGUGGCUAGUGAUCCUCCAGGAUCAAUCUUUCGCAGAACCAAGCAGGCUUUAUCUACUCCAACAGAAUCUCAG